AUGGCCCGCUUGCAGGAUCCACAACAAGCCUCCGGAGAACGACUCCUCGCCCAGCUUGACGACGCACUGACUCGUUACGAAUCAGCUCAGUGCUUCUCUUGUGGCGGGUCUCUUCCCGUUUCUCCCACAUCUGACUAUGGAGAUUUCACGAGCGAAAAGAAACCAGUAACUUGUCCUCGGCCAGUUAUCUUCUGGCGUAACGGAAGAGUGUCCAAGUAUACAACCAUCGAUUGCACGUGGACUGCUACGAGGGACUGGGAGAAUAGUCUGGAAGAGUUGGUCCAAGAUUGUUCCCCUGCCACUUUUGGAUGCGACGACAAAAAUGUCUUCGAUGAGAAGAUCCGCAAGGCCGGAGCAAUAGGUGCGCAUUCCGUAUCCACGAAUUUCAACCCAUAUGACUUCGGCAUUAUAGAUGCUGUUACCCGAGAGCUACUCCCUGGAAUCGUAAGAGCUGGGAAGGAGCCGGCGGUGGAGAGAUGGGGAAUCAUCGCGGAGCUCUACCAGCUGAAUAUCUAUUCAGGGCCAUCAGGCAUGUUCAAGUCCCACGUGGAUACACCCCGCGGACGAACACACUUUGGCUCGCUUGUCGUCGUCUUGCCAACUGAAUUUCAAGGCGGUCAGCUGAAAAUUGUCCACAUGGGUCAGGAGCGGGUUUACCUCGAACAACCUAAGUGGCAUUUCCGUAACGAUACUAUCAGAUGGGUUGCGUUCUACAGCGACUGCGAACACGAAGUUCUGCCCGUCUCUGCCGGGCACCGUGUCACGCUAACUUACCAUCUUUACGUCUCUGCACAUAUGGGCGGACUGGCACAGCCGCAACUCCAGACUCCAGGUUCGAAGACUUACCCCAUGUAUUGUGGCGUCAAAAACCUUCUUGCAUCACCUACGUUUAUGAGAAGUGGUGGAAUCCUCGGCUUCCAUUGCUCGUUCCAAUACCCUGAGACGUGGGAGGGCACGUAUUUCUACGAACGCUAUCCGCGUACACUAAAGGGCAUCGACGCCGUCAUCUUCGCGGUCUUCCGAGCCUUCGGACUCACUGUUCAUAUAAAACCCUACAACUGGCGAGUGGAGAUGGCAGAUGUCAAGACACGGCAUCAGAUUCUUCUCUCCGCCGGAGUAACCACCGGCGGAGAACCAGCAGUGAACAACAAAGAGCUUGAACAGUUUGGACGCGGACACUAUGUCGGCGAUGAAAUUUUCAGCCACGCCAAUUGGUUCAAUGAGAUGCCCCAGGGGGUGUCGGCUGGGGCAGGAUAUCUCGUCGGCGCAAAGCCAACUCGGUGGUUAGGCAAUGAAGCCGAAGUUGAAUGGGACUAUUCCUUUCGUGCGUUGUUCGUGGUAGUCCCCGCGUUUUCGGACCGAAUCCUUGAAGCUUAA